AUGUUUUGUGACUGUGACUCCACCCCUGCGGCCAACGAAACAAGCCAGGGUCGUGACAUAAAAACGGUAGUCAUUUCACAGGCUGUGACCGCGGCUGAGGGUCCGCACGCAAACGGCGCGACGGCAGCGACCGGAGAUCAAAGGGCGCGUUCGUGGAACCGGCUGCCACCCGACUCCUCGCGGCGACUGGGCGGCCGGGCCAUCACUCAGCCCGGCUAUCUGCCGCAUCAGCCGCCGUGGCGCGACCCGCCGCCCAUGGCGUGCCGCCCACAGCACCUCCCCCGCCGCCCCGGUGCUCGAACGUCGCUGCGCCACCCCAAACUGCCAUCCCCACAUUUCCGACUGACAAUAGUGUCACAAGUACUGUACCUAGGCGGGGGCGGCGGCGGUGGGGGCAGCGGGGGUCGCGGGGGCGGUGGGGGCAGCGGGGGCGGCGGGGACGGCUGGGAAUAG